UGUUUAUAAAUGUGUAGGGGGCAAGGUUAAGUGGACAUUUUCUGCUGUACACGAAAAGAAAUUUCUAUUGUAUUCCCCCUCGUUCUCGUGAUCAGAACACUUGACCUUGUACGAAGGAGUGGUGGUGGGGGUAAACGCAUCGCUGGUGAGUCGGUGAUGGCAUGCGAGGCAGCUAGUGCCGGUUAGCGAGGCCGGACGGAAAGCAGCAGCAUGUCCGGCAGGCCACGCCGCAGUGCCUCCUCGGAUGGGGGUCUGGACGCUGCCCCGACCUACAUCAUCCUGUCUGACCGGGAAGGAUCCAGAAAAAUGGGCAGCAGGGAGGAAGUCCGCAUCGUUCAGGUGAACCACAGCAAGAGAAAUGAGCUGCGACGUCAAAGCUCUGGAGAGUCGGCGCCCGCGCAGGCCAGAGAAAUGGAAGAAAAAGUGAGGCGAAGCAAAGAAGGCGGCCAUAUGAGAGACUUUGCAUCCUCAAGGCGGGUAGACGAACCUCAGCCCCUUGAAGAGAGACGCUCGAGGGAGAACGGAGAGGUGAGGAGGAGCCGUGAGGGGAAGGAGAGUCGCCGCACGAAGGACAGGUCAAGCAGCAAGAGGGACAAGGAGAAGAGAAGGAGCUACCCUGGCGAGGAGAAGAGUGGCACCCGCAGGGCUCGCACGCCUCGCAGGUCCAGAAAGCUGUCCCCGGUGCGGCCCUCCUCCACCAUCCCGUGGGACAACAACGACAACAUUAUUUACAUCACCGACGACCCCUCGCCAAUAAAUGGCGGGCAGGACGAGUGGGAGACGGAAGACAUCAUCCUGGAGAGGGGCAACCAGGGGCUCGGCUUCAGCAUCGCCGGCGGCACAGACAAUCCUCACAUUGGGUCAGACACAUCUAUCUACAUCACUAAGCUGAUAGCUGGUGGUGCAGCGGCCACAGAUGGUCGUCUUCAGAUAACAGAUGUCAUAGUGUCAGUGAAUGACGUGAGUGUGGUCAACGUGCCUCAUGCGACGGCAGUGGACGCACUCAAACGGGCCGGCAACACUGUUCACUUGUGUGUGAAGCGUCGCAAACGACCCCCCAAUGUUCUCCUCAUGGAAGUGGAAUUAAUCAAAGGAAACAAAGGCCUUGGAUUCAGCAUUGCUGGUGGUAUUGGUAAUCAACACAUUCCUGGUGACAAUGGCAUCUACAUCACCAAGAUCAUGGAGGGGGGAGCAGCACACGUGGAUGGCCGUGUCUGUGUGGGAGACAAGCUCAUCGCUGUGAGAGACACGCCUACUGGUGAUGUAAACCUAGAGAAUGUCACCCACGAAGAUGCAGUUGCCUGCCUCAAGUCCACCAGUGACCGUGUGGUCUUGGUGUUGGGUAAGGUGGUCACCUCCCAGACCAAUGCCACCCCAGAAGUGUCACCCCUUCCCUCACAGCCCACUCACCAGCCCGACCACUCACUUCCUCCCUGGUCCUCUAGAGUAUCAAGCACCACACAUCGAUAUGAGACUGCCACUGCAUAUGCCUGAGCACACACCUGGUCUCAAGAUGGAACCCCUGUCAUCUGUAUCUUGAGAAUUCCUCGGACCUGAUGCAUAUCCUGUGUUGCAAUAGCAAGUCUGUGGUCAGUUGUAAAGAACUCAACACUUCGGAAAAUCCUACAGUUCCGAAGGAUCCUCCAUUGAGUACUAACAAGGAUGUGAUCAGUCACUUUUGCCACACUGCCAGGAUUCCUAUACCAAGUCUGGCAGUGAGGCUUGCUUUUCUGGAAUCAGGAACCAGCAAUCCAGGCCUCUGGACUUUACAAAGUUCAGGAGUGAACUCCUUACAUUUCUGGUGCCAGAGCCAAAGGAACCAACAAAUAAUUUGAACCCAACUCUCUCUGUGCCAGUAGUUGUAUUAAAGUCAACCAAGAUAAUGUGUCACAUGGGGGGCACUGGUUGACUACAGAGUCGAGCUUGGCACAGAACAUGUCUUUCUCUUUAACCCAGUAGCAGUGGGGAUCAUGAUUCUUAAAUGGUCCCUCUAAGCGAGAAAAAUGAGAAAAAAUCACCCCUCACACAAACCAUUUCAUAAUAUAUAUCAAAGCAUUUGUGAUCAGAUUAUGUAUCAUCUAUUUUGGGGGGUUAAAAUCAUGGCACAAAUUUGGCCCAUCGCUGCUACCGGGUUAAGUUCACACAUUUUGGUAGGGGGAUACACUGUAGUAAGAGAUAUGAAGCCAAGGUGUGUUUCAAGCUCACCAACAUCAUACGUUCAUCAACUGGGGUAACCCUAACAACAGAGGACUGCAGUCAACUAGAAAUGGCUAUAGCUACUCCUUUGAGACAAACACCAUCACUACCCUGACCAGUAGUAGCCCCAGUAUAAGCCCCACUACUGAUCUCUGAAUUCUCAGGUCUUCUCGUCUCAGAGAGCCCCACUAUGUUCACUCUACCCCAGAUGUUUUGACAUCUAGAAUGACCUUGAGAAGAAAAUAGUCCAAGCCAAAAAUAUUCAUGAAUUUAAAGCUAAUCUUGAUAAUAAGAUAUGUGAAAACAGGACCUUAUGAGCAUAGCUCAAGUCCCGUGUAUCUCAAUAAGGUAAAUGAGGGUCAUUCUAAGAAGAUAAUUACCUGCCAGGAAACUGAUCAUAAUUAUACCAGCACUCCCAUCCUUUUAUAUUUCCUAGGACUUGUGCACAAGCUUUACUUACUGUAACAAGUGGUACCUGUACUAUCUCAAUCAUAAUGCAAGUUAAAUCAACAGUUUGACAUGUUCUCUUCUCACCAGCCCCACCAUUUCUGUUACUCUUCUCAAAGUCCAAAUAUGUUUGGCUCAAUUAAUUCACUCCCAUAGAUGAAGAGCACAUUCACUGUGCAUUCCUGUACCCCAGAGAUAUAUUUAAGUUUUCAAAUAGUGGAACAUAUUACCAGAAGUCUUUAUAUGCAUAUGCAUGGACCAGGGGCUCUUAGACAAUACUGCUAUUAGGAACAAGACAUGAUGUUACUGGCUUUUUUAAUUUCUCUUGUUAUGCUUAUAUCAAGCAGCAAAAACAGAGGCAGCAUCAACCAGCACUAAGCACCUCGUGUGUGUGCUAACCAGUAAUAAUGAUGAUGGAAUUAUUCAUGUACCUUUAAAAAGCAAAAAAUCUAUAAGUUCCAGGACCUCAUUUCUCAAGUAAAAGACAACUUGUAACUGCAUACCUGUCUGGAUUACAGUACUGUGAACAGGGAUGUGGUCUUGUUCCAAAGCUAGUUAUCUGAAUCAAGCUUCGAUUCCUUCUUUGUAUCACCUUAGAAGUUUUGAUCAGAAGCACCAAAACUUCCACAAGGCUUGGAAGUAUGAAUUGUAUUUAUACAGCAUUGUGUUUGGAAUAAUAUGAAUUUUUAUAACACUAAACUGCUCUUUAGAGAGGCUCCAAGGGACAGCAGAUGAUCUCUGUACUCAUGUUAUUUGGAGGUUCCUUAGCUUUUCCUUCACCUAACCAUUCUUCAUUGUAUUUCAUGAGUGGUCAUACGUGUGGUGCCAAACAAUAUAAUUAACUAGACAUGACAAAUUUGUUUAUUCAGAAUUUCUUUGGCUAAUGGUUACAAACUGAAACAAAUAUCACUGAAAACAAUUUUUGAGUAAUAUAAAAUAUAGUGUUACUUCAAAAUUUAAAAUGAUAAAGUAUUCUAAUAUUUCUCAUGUAUGUUUCUUUCCUGAUGUGUAAUAUAAAUAUGAUACAGUUAUGCCUUCCAUGAUUGA